AUGGCUCGGAAAGGAAGUCAUAAAGUUAGGACGGGUUGUCUAACUUGCAAAGCACGCAAGGUGAAAUGUGACGAAAGCAAGCCUCAUUGUAAUCGGUGUAUUGCUACGGGGCGCCUCUGCAGUGGCUACCUCACUAAAGUGAGCUCGGGGCUACUCUGGCAACGCCCGCGUCAGUUAUUCCAGAGUAUAGACAAGCCCAGUGAAGGAAGAGCCCUGCAAUACUUCUGUGAGAAGACGGCCCAGUUUUUAUCUGGGGCUACCGAUCCGUACUUCUGGACCCAUCUAGUUAUGCAAUUCUGCAACUUUGAACCCGCUGUUAACCACUCAGUCAUAGCCAUAAGUUCGUUAUAUGAACAGAUGGAAGACGGAGACGGACGGUCCCACUCCGGCGUUCAGCUGAGAGACAACAGCCUUGCACUUCAACACUAUAAUGCAGCUAUUCGCGAACUGAAGACAACUGAUAACCAACCUCUAGUGCUAUUAGUCUGCAUUCUUUUCAUAUGCAUAGAAUUUUUGCAGUCAAACAAAGAUGCAGCCAUAAAACAUUGCAAACAUGGCAUUGCUCUGCUCGACCGUGCUGACUACUCCUGGGCAAAAGAGCACUUGUUACCCGUGUUCCGGCGUCUAAGCUCGUUUCCGUUCCUCCUCGGAGCGGGGCCUUUCGACUUUCCCGACCUUGCAUCCCUUGACAGCUCUCUUCCGACAUCCUUCAACAGCUUUGAUGACGCAGCGUCAGUAUUGGAUUUUUUACAAAGUCGGACGCUACGUGUUGUAAGACUGGGGGACCCGUACCGUGUUGGAAAGUUACGAUACAAAACGGUCCCAUCUGACCUCCUGGAAGAACAAGAGGCAGUUGCAUGUCUUUUGGACCAAUGGCAUAUUUUAUUUGAAAGCCUAGACUCUGGGUCGACGUUGCCGGUAACGCCCGCAACAGAAAUUUACAACUUGGGCAUGGAUUUCAUCGGGCUGAUGUCCCGUGCCAUUCUGCUAAUACGCUAUGAACUUAGCCGUGUCACGCUAAACACGGCCUUCAAGGCGGACGAGAUAUGUUACGAUCAAUAUUUGAAAAAUUUCCAACGAGCCCUCGAUGCAUGCGCGCUUAUCGACAGCGUGGUUCCCGAAGAAGCCCGGGAUCCGUCUAGAAAACGUGAGCCCCAAUUCAUCUUCGAGACAGGCUUCACGGUGUGGCUUCACCUUAUCGCAACAAGAUGCCGAGAUCUGGCUAUGCGAUUAGAAGCCUUGCGAUUAAUGGGAUUACUUGGAGUUCCACGAGAAAACUUGUGGGAACUACGCCAGAUGCAUGCAUUGGCGCGCCGAGUGAUCGAGAUUGAGCACGGUACGAUACUAGACGACGAUGGACGGCCUGCUACUCCGGUCCAAUACCCUGGUCUACCGCCAGAUGAGAGGAGAGUACGACAUACCAACAUGGAACCUAAGCCGUCAGUAUAUAUCGAUUUAAAUGGAAAGGAAGUGUGUGGGUGGAGUGUAGGAUUUGUUAUGCGGGACGAAAAGGACGCGAUCGUGACCCGCACCGAGUUUAUCAUCGCCCCUUAA